UCUAGAGUUAUGGGGAAAGAUCUCCUGAAGAGUUACACGUCAUACGCUAAAAAUGUUAAACGUAUAUCAAUAAUAAGUGGAAUAUGGCCCUCAGAGAAACCGAACAUAUUCUACAAAUCUCUUCCAUACUUCAUCAUAUCCGUGCUCCUCACCAUUUCCUGUGCCACCAUGAACUUUGCGUACGUCAACAUCCACAACAUGAAUCGUGUGAUGAAGGGCAUGAGCAUCUCCUUGAGCUACCUGAAUGCCAUCAUGAAGGUGAUUUGUUAUCUAGUGCACCGCGAAAAGCUCAUAGAGUUGAAUGACACGAUUAAUGAACUCCUGAGAAGACAACAAGGAGACGAGCAAUUACUGUCCCGUACUUUAUCUUCUCUGAGGUUUUUCAAAGUCCUAUCCAUGCUGCUCAUGUGGUCCGCCUCAAUCGUCGUUGGAAUGUACUUCAUCACUCCUUUGAUGAUAAUGAUUAAUCAAUACAGUCACGGUGUUAAACCGAUUCGGUACCUCUUGCCUUAUCCCGCUGUUUAUCCGUAUAAAAUUCUAGGUGGAAGUGCUCUUUAUGCUCUUCAUUAUGCAAUUGAAAGUUACGGAUGCUUGUGUUUAUUUUCAACAACAGCUAGCAUCGACAACAUUUUUGCCUUGUACUCUUCCCAAAUAAUUGGUCAACUACGAGCACUGACUUAUGAGAUGAAACGCUUUACGUUCAAGGUUGGGUAUGAGAAACAUCUUCAGGGAUUGAUCGAGGUACAUCGAAAGCUAAUACGAUGUUGUCAAUUACUACAAGCAAUACACGGACCCAUUGUCCUCACAAUGAUGGUCAUAACUGCUAUUAUUCUGUGCUGUCUGAUUUUUCAAAUCAGUCAGAUGAAGACUGUAUCUGUGAAGCAAGUUAUGUUUUUCGUCGUGUACAUUAGUGUUAAAUUAUUGCAGACCUUGAUAUAUGCGUGGGCAGGAACUCUCAUUACAACAGAGUGCGAUAAUUUUCGGAAUGAAGUGUACGCAACUGGUUGGGAAAAUCUUGGACUAAAAUCAGCUGGGCAUCACGUGAAAAUCAUCCUGAUGCAGCGACCAAUUCGCUUGAAGGCCUGCAGCUACACCUUCAUUUCCAUGAAUCUCUUCACAGGAAUUCUAAAUACAACACUCUCAUAUUUUUUCUUAUUACAAGCGCUAGAUGAUGAACAAUAAUCCCCUGAUCAAUUA